CCUGACCUGUCUUGCUUUUGCCCGCCCUUCAUGGGCCGACACGCCAACCCCGACAUUCGGAGAGCUUUUGUUGAGUUCCAGGAUACCGACACCCCGUCAAAGUGCAACAAAGUCCGAUGUCUCCAUUGCGGCUUCGUGCGUGCCAAGAACACAACCCGCCAGAUUGAACAUUUGCAAGACUGCCAGCAGUAUCUCGCCUCUGCUGAUGCCCAGGCCCACCUCCAACAACCGCUGUCGCAACAACCACCGCAACACCAGCAAUCGCAAGAUGGCACCCAGGUCGAUACUACUGUAACACAGGCCGGUGGUGUCCUGAGCGGCCAACAUCCCAAUCCCAACCUCCAAGUCAACCGUCGCGGACCCAAUACAAAACGCGCCCGCGAUGGCCACCCAAUUGCCCCUCAUCCUCACAUACAACCGUCGAUAUCGCCGUCCUUGACAGCGCAUCUGCUCUCAAUUUCUGCUUCCCAGUUCACACAAGCCACUCAGCAACCCUUCUUGUCGCAUGCGGGAUGUGGCUCGCUGGCACCAGGCCCGCUCUCGCAAUGGCUGGUGCAAGACGGUCACUAUCAGAGGGGUUACAUACGCUUUGUGGGCCAGCUGUUGAGCAAGAUUAGACUCCCCCAGACGCAAAACUCGCAAUUCCACCACAUGUACAGGACCAUGGACCUGUUGAUUUCCGCCCUGAACAACAUGCGACGAGAGAUGCAGUUUUUUGAGAUCACAGCGACCAAAUACCGCCUGACCCUCGCACAAGAACCACCAACGCCCAUAACACGAGCAUUGUUGGAUCUCUUUGUGAGUGCGAGUAGUUCAAGCGCGUCCAUGCUGGAGGGUAUGGUUGUUCUCUGGGGUACUGAACACUGUUACCGCAGCGCCUGGUCAUAUGCCUCCUCCUUCUCCAACUCCCUCUCCACCCCAAGCACCGACUCCCACAUCGUCGCCCUCCACCAAGCUCUAAUCCCUAACUGGACCUCCCCCGCCUUCAACAAAUUCGUCGACGCAAACCGCGCCCUCGUCGACGAACUCGCAAAUAUCACCACCACGCGCGACGGCAAAGAGGAAAUGACGCGCUGCGAGGAAAUCUUCCGCCAAAUAUGCUGGCUCGAAGAGCGCUUCUGGCCCGACGUCGAUGGCAUGGGCGAGGAAGACGAUAGCGCGCGCUUACCUCCUGGCAUGAACGCUAUCGGCACGGGCAUGGAUACAUUGAACGGUGGCAUGGGCGGCGGAUCUAUGAACAAUGGCCAAAUGAGCGCGUCCUUGAAUGGAUCUAUGAGUCAACACAUGGCGACUGGUCAGAUGAAUGGUGGUGAUACAACGCCAGUGGUUAAUAACCGGAACAGCUUUGCGAUGCCAAAUGGAGACGGCUUGGAAGGGGUCACUCAGGAUUCAUAG